CUCCUAAUCAAGUAGAAUGUGCGACGGCAGGAUAGAUUGAUGACAUCACUGAUAUGCGCCGGGGUUGCUAAGGAGACGGCGGUUGAAAGAUGGAGGAAAAUGAGAGACUAGAACGGAAUUUGAGAAUGCUGCAGGCUGCUGUGCGUGGAUAUUUAGUCCGAAGGAGGAUGCAGAAUGUAAAAAAGGAAUAUGAGGCAAUUGCUAAGGAACUUGAGGGAGAAGAGACAUGCUUGCUUUGGAAGAGAGGCCCGUUCUCCAUGCCAGACUUCAUCCAUCUGGCUGGUGACAAGGAAAAGCUUUCCAGUAGAAAUGUACAUGAUUUUGAUUUGGAUUCUGCUGUAAGGGGGUCUGCAGGGAACGCUCAGCGAUUUGAUCUUGGGUGCCAGUCUGACUCUGUUUCAUGUAAGGAAGAUAAAGAAAUUGGAAAUCUACAGAAAAGAAGAGUAAAAGAACAAGAUUUGGGUAUUUUGAAUGAGAGAGACCUGGGCAGCCCUAGGUCGCAGAGAGAAUUUACAGAGGGUACAGAAUGUCUACCAAGGACCCGUUCUGAGAAUGAUAGAAAUGUGUCAAAGACUAAUAUAGAUUGGGAAGAGUCUACAUCAGGAUCUGACCAAGAGUGGAAUAAAUGCCAGUUGGUAAGUCACCUAGAGAAGGAUAGAUAUCCCAAGGGGACUGGUCAAGGCAUAGUAAAGAACCUAGCAGAUACCUGCCCUGAAAUGCUAACAGAUCGAAGCCAGGAGACCAUGGAGUUGAGCCGGGGCACCUGCGUUCAAAGUGGCAAAGUCAAGGAUACAGGGCUGCAGCUCAAGAAUCUCCAUGAGAUGAGACAGCAUCGCAGCCACCUCGCUAUGGAGAUGUUGUGGGUUCAGCAAGCAAUUUCCAGCCGUAAAAAUUAUCUCAUGGUCAGGCAAAAAUUGGAGAUGCCUGGUUGAUUUUAAAUUGGUAUCUGACUGGAAGAGGAGAAGUCAGCAUUACAGGGAUUCACCAUCCAGCACAGCACUUUCCAAAUGUGAUACCAGAACGCCCGCUAUCUUUUCAUUAUGACACUGGAACUGGACACGCCAUGUGAUGAAAUUGUAGAAAAACCCGACUGUUAAUAUUUCAUCAUGGAGUUUUUUUUUUAUUACCUUUCUACAUUAUUUAACUGUAUUGUUGAUGAAAAAAU